AUGAAUGAAAUAGUAGAAGAAACUGUUUUUAUACCCCAAGUUUCGUAUACCAAUCAAAUUCAUCGACAAUCACAUAAUAAUCAGCAUCUCAAAGAAUUUAUUUUAUGGUUUGUUUUAUUAAUUUGUCUUUUACUUCUUGCUGGUCCAUUUGCACAUCAUCUAUCCUAUUCAGUACCAACAGUAAAAACACGAACAAGUGCACGUCAUAUAUUUAGUGAAGAACGUGCUCUUGAUUAUCUAAGUAAUUUAACUCAAUAUGGAUCAAGAGUAAGUAAUACACGUGGAAAUUUUGAUGCACGUGAUUAUCUUAUUUUACAAAUAAAACGUAUUUGUUCAAUGAAUAAAAGACAUAUUCAAUGUGAACUUGAUCUUCAAAAUUUUACUAAUUAUAAACACAAUCAAUUACAAAAUAUUCUUGUUCGUGUGUCAAAUACAACUAAUAAAUUUCAAAAUAUACCUAGUCUAAUGUUAAGUGCUCAUUACGAUUCAGUGGAAUUUAGUUCAGGAGCUGCUGACGAUGGUUCGGGUAUUGUUAUUUUACUUGAACUUCUCUCAAAUUUAAUCAACGAUUUAACAAUAAAUUUUUCUAAUGUUCACUUAAUUAUACUAUUCACAAAUGCCGAAGAGACAAGAUUAGAAGGUUCCAAGGCAUUUAUUGCUAAUCAUCGUUGGCGUUUUAAUGUUCGUCAUUUUCUUAAUGUUGAUUCAAGUAAUUGCAAUGAAGUAGCUAAUCUAUUACGAACAACAUCAUCACAGCUUGUCAUUGAUUAUAGUCGAGUAGCAAGACCACGUGCUAAUGUAAUCCUACAGAAAAUUCCUAGAUGGCUUCGAUUCCGUAGUGAUUAUGAUAUUUUCAAUUUAAGUUAUUCUCGAUUAGGAUACGAUUUUGGUUACUUUCUUGAUGGAUACACAUAUCAUACAUCACUAGAUCAAUUAUCAACAUUUAAACAAGGUGUUAUUCAAGAUCUCGGUGAUAAUCUUGCUAUAUUAAUUCGUAAUAUCCUCCUUGAGCAUAAUCAACAGAUAAACGAUAUUAACGAUGCAGAUCCUUUAAUUUAUUUUGAUAUUCUUAGUCGAUAUUUGAUGAUCUAUAAAUUAUCAACAUCAAUAUUAAUUCAAAAAAUUUUAAUUAUCUUAAUUAUUAUUAUUGGUAUUAUUCGAAUUAUAUUCGAUCAUAUAUAUCAUCGAAAACAAAAUUUCUCAUGUAAUGAUCUUCAUUGUAUCUAUUUUCGAUUUAAAUACCCAUUAAUUAUUCGUAUUAUUUCUAUUAUGAUAUAUUCAAUCUCUAAUAUUCUAUCAAUGAUUGUUGGCCUUGUAUUUUCAUUGAUUUUAGCAUGGAUUCUAUCAAAAACUCAACCUACUUCAUGGCAUGGUAAUUCAACAUUAGCCAUAUUUCUUUUUAGUUUACCAUGUUUAAUUGGUUUUAUUAUUUUUCGAUAUUUAUUCGAUCUAUUACAUCGUUGUAUUCUUCGGAAAUGCUCUCAAAAAUCAUCUGAAUACAAUACUAAACAUUUGAAUAAAAUUCAUUUCGAUUUUGAACAAAAUAUUUCCGUUCUCAUCAUUUAUAGUUUAUUAAUGAUUAUUUCAAUUUAUUCCAAUUCUCAAUACUUUUAUAUAAUUCUUAUUUGGUCAAUAUUUAUUUGUCCAUUAUAUCUUAUUCUGAUUAUUACUGAAUUUAUUCUUCAUUGGAAACAAAUCUUUGGAAAAGAUUUUCAUCAGCUAUAUUUACCAUUGUUAAUAUCUUUUUUUCCAUUGAUACAUACAAUUGAAAUAGUUAAUCGACUACUUCGUAUUUUUAUCCCAAUGGUAACACCAUUAUUUUCAUUUGGAUGGAUACUUCGUGGAAAUCUAAUUAUUUGUAGUAUUGUUGUUAUUCCGACAUUAUUUUUCCUUCCAAUAUUACAACAAACAAAACAAUUUAUUCGUUUAUUAAUUACUCUUUUAGUUAUUUUCUUUAUUGUUCUUAUUAUAUGUUGUAUUCGUCAACCAUUUACGAAAAAUCAUCCAAAUACUUUUUAUGCUGAACAUAUAUCAAAAUCAAUUUAUAAUGCAGAAACUUCAAUGAAUAAUUCAUUUAAUGCUUUACUUAUAUCACAACAAUCAACAAUUACAGUUAAUACAUAUCAUGGUCUUGUUCUAUCACCUAUACUUGAUCAACUUUCGAUUAAAAGUGGUCAUAAAUUAUAUAAUAAAACAUGUUUUAGCUCAACAAAUUGUACAUUUGAUGAUAGUUUUAAUCGUCAAUUAGCUGUUGAACAUAUUCAAAUCGAAUCGAUGAAGAAUAAUUAUUCAGAUUACAGAAUUCGAAUUCAACAUGUAUUAUCUUAUGAUAUUCGAAUUUCUUCAUUAGGGUAUAUUGGAUUAACUGUUCAAAAUCAAUUCGAUAUUCCAAGAAAAGAAACAAUUAUUGAUAUAAAUGUAUAUCCAACAAUAUCUAGAUUUGAAAUCGAUAUCAAAAUUCAACGAUGUGACAUCAAUGAUUCACCAUUUUUAUUAUUAUUUACUCGUUUAAUGCCAAAUAUUAUACUUAAGGGUGAAGGAUCUUGCAAAGCAAUUGAUGAUGAUACUACACUUAUUAUUAAUCGAUAG